GUCACCGUGGACACACAAACACGAUACCAGGUGAUCGACGGCUUUGGAAUUUCACAAGCUUUCCAGCGUUCCGCCCAGAUCCAUGGAAAAUUCGGUCUUUCUACGCAAAACCAGCAACAGGUUCUUGAUUAUUUGUUUAGCAAUGAAAUCGGGGCCGGCUUCACAAUCCUGCGCAAUGGGAUCGGGUCGUCCACAUCGUACGUCGAGGAUUUUAUGAAGUCUAUCGAACCAAUAAACCCCGGAGGCCAGAAUGCAACACCUAAGUAUGAAUGGGAUGGCGAUGACGGUAGUCAGGUUUGGUUGACUAAGGAGGCGAUGAAGUACGGAGUUGGCAUUGUGUAUGCGAACGCGUGGUCCGCGCCAGGAUACAUGAAGACGAAUGGGAAUGAUUCCAACGGGGGAUAUAUAUGUGGGGUUUCUAGCACGUCCUGUGAAUCAGGCGAUUGGAGGCAGGCAUUCGCAAAUUACUUGGUACGGUACCUACGGUUUUAUCAGGAGCGCGAAGGCAUCGAAAUCACUCACCUCGGGUUCUUGAACGAACCAGAUCUCAACCAAACGUACGCUUCCAUGCAAUCUUCCGGAUUCCAGGCCGGAGAUUUCCUGAAGGUCCUCUCCCCAACUCUUAAAUCUUCUGGCUUCGGGAAUGUCAAAAUUGUUUGUUGUGAGGCCACCGGAUGGAACGAUGGUGAAGACAUUCUAGCCGAACUCCAAAGCGUACCUGGUGCCGAAAAUACGUUAUCGGUCUACUCUGCGCACGGAUAUUCAUCUAAUCCUUCCUUGCCGUUCAAAACCUCGGUAUCCCGGGUCUGGCAGACUGAGUGGGCGGACCUUGAUGGGCGCUGGAAUACGGCAUGGGACAACCUCGGAAAGGCAGGCGAAGGUAUCGCUUGGGCAAACAAGAUCCAACAGGGACUCACUCUUUCGAACAUAUCAGGGUUCCUCUACUGGCAGGGCGCAGAAACGACAUCAACCAAUUCCGCACUCAUUCGGCUGUCCAAUGAUACCCUGUCUGUAAGUGCACGGCUGUGGGCCUUUGCCCAAUUCUCGAGGUUUGUGAAGCCGGGCGCGGUAAGGGUGAAAGCGGAGAGCAGUAUAGGGUAUGUAAGAGUGAGUGCAUUUGAGAAUGUUGAUGGGAAACACGUAGUUAACGUCGUCAACAAUGGG